UGUACAGUGAGGCGCAGAACUCUGUCAUACCCGCUUUCACUUCAACGUCGGCCAUCAUCACGCGAGGAUUACGAGUUGUGGAUUCUUCCAACAAGCAAGAUGGCGGAUCAGAGCGAGCGCGCCUUCCAGAAGCAACCGACCAUUUUCCUAAAUCGUAAGAAAGGUUUAGGCCCAAAGCGCAGGAAGCCGAUGCGAUACAGCCGCAACGUGGGCCUCGGCUUCAAAACUCCACGCGAAGCUCUGGAGGGAACCUAUAUUGAUAAGAAAUGUCCGUUUACUGGUAACGUAUCAAUCAGAGGACGCAUUCUCACUGGUGUGGUUCAAAAAAUGAAGAUGCAGCGCACAAUAGUCAUACGCCGAGACUAUCUGCACUACAUCAGGAAGUACAACAGAUUUGAGAAACGCCACAGGAAUAUGAGUGUCCAUCUCAGUCCAUGCUUCAGAGACGUGGAAAUUGGUGAUGUAGUCACCAUUGGGGAAUGCAGACCCUUGAGCAAGACUGUGCGUUUCAACGUACUGAAGGUCUCGAAAGGGACUGGUUCGAGGAAAAGUUUUAAGAAAUUCUAGACAUGUAUUUCUGAUGCUUUCUAGUAUUUCAAAUAAAUUAUUUUUUUCCAAAAUA